AUGGUUGGCGCACUAAACAUGCGGCCCAAAAGAUGGGUUGCACACGCCUUUCGAUGCGCCUCACUUUUGUCACUGACGCGUUCUCCAGUGUUUCCCCUCAGGUUUCUACUAGAACAAAUCGAAAGUAUGACCUCAGACGAAUACACAAACUCGGAGGAACAGACAUAUCUGGAUUUGUGCCAGCGCAUCAUUUCGGAAGGCGAACACAGGCCGGAUCGUACCGGCACCGGCACGUACUCUCUGUUCGCGCCUCCACAGCUGCGUUUCAAUUUGCGUAAUGGCCAGUUCCCACUGUUGACCACCAAGAAAGUUUUCAUGAAAGGAAUACUUCACGAGCUGCUAUGGUUUGUUCAGGGCUGCACCGAUGGCAAAAAGUUGUUCGAAAAAGGCGUGAAAAUUUGGGAGGGUAAUGGAUCUAGAGAGUACCUGGAUUCGCUAGGGCUUACAGACCGAAGAGAAGGUGAUCUCGGUCCGGUUUACGGAUUCCAAUGGAGACACUUUGGAGCGGAAUAUACUACUUGCGAUGCGGAUUACACUGGUCAGGGCCAUGACCAACUGGCUCGUAUUAUCCAAACAUUGAAGACAAAUCCAUAUGAUAGACGGAUCAUCAUGUCUGCGUGGAACCCACCAGACUUCCCCAAGAUGGCACUGCCGCCAUGUCACGUUUUCUGUCAGUUUUAUGUGAAUUUCCCACCAAACUCGAAACCCGAACUUUCAUGUCAAAUGUACCAGCGGUCCUGUGAUAUGGGAUUGGGUGUUCCCUUCAAUAUCGCAUCCUAUGCUCUGCUGACCAAGAUGAUCGCAGAAGUGUGCGAUAUGGAAUGUGGUGACUUCGUUCAUACCAUGGGGGAUGCCCAUGUCUAUGCAGAUCAUGUGGAUGCCCUCAAAGAGCAAUUGACAAGAACACCACGCAAAUUCCCUACCUUGACGCUGAAGAGAAAGAUUACUGAUAUUGACGACUUUAAGUUUGAGGAUUUCGAGGUUCAUGGAUACGAGCCAUAUGGACCUAUCAAGAUGAAGAUGAGUGUUUAA